AAUUAAAAAAAACUCCAACUCAUAAUAGUGACAACUUGAAGAUGAAAUUAUCCUUCUCAAGGUAUUGAAAAUCAACCCGCAGAAAGAUAAAAACAAAUUGCUCUUUCUCUCUCGACCGAGCUGAAAAUAUGGCUAAUGGAAUAGAAAACGAUGAGGUAGUUAUAGUAAAGCCUCGAACAGACGAGAGAAAAUACAGGAGGAUCGUCCUCGGAAACUCCCUCCAAGUUCUCCUGGUCAGCGAUCCCGACACCGACAAGUCUGCUGCAUGUAUGCUUGUUAGCGUCGGCUACUUCUCCGAUCCUGACGGCAUCGAGGGCCUUGCCCACUUCCUUAUGCACGUGCUGCCAUAUGCUAGUGAAAAAUAUCCUUCGGAGGAUAGUUUCUCAAAGUACAUCAGCGAGAAUGGAGGGUACACAGAUAGCUCCGUGUAUAAUGAUCGGACCAGCUAUUAUUUUGACACCAACAAUGACUGUUUUGAAGAAGCUUUGGAACGGUUUUCCCAGAUCUUCAUCAAACCAUUGAUGCCAGCUGAAGCUACCAUGAGGGUAAUUAAAACUAUUGAUUCUGUAUACCAAAAUGAGUUAUUGUCUGACUGGUGGAGAGUGUAUCAGCUUCAGAAGCAUUUCAGUACGGAAAGUCAUCCUAAUCAUAAAUUUGGAACAGGGAAUUGGCAUACGUUGGAAGUUAGACCAAAAGCAAAAGGACUGGAUAUAAGACAUGAGCUCUUAAAGUUCUAUGAAGAAAAUUAUUCUGCCAACCUUAUGCAUUUGGUUGCAUAUACAAAAGAAAGCCUUGAUAAAAUACAAAGCUCCGUGGAGAACAAGUUCCAAGACAUUCGAAACUCCAACCAACAUGGUUUCCACAUUACCGGUUUGCCCAUCAUGUCAGAACAUCGAAUGAUUCUUGUCAAGCUUGUUCCAAUAGCAGAAAGGCACAAAUUGAUAAUUGAAUGGCCAAUAACCACAAGCAGGCAUCAUUACAAGGAAGGGCCAUGCAAGUAUCUGGGCCAUGUCAUUGGCCAUAAAGGAGAAGGAUCCGUGUAUUACAUCUUGAAAACACGAGGAUGGGCUACGGGAUUGUCGGCUUUUGAAGAUGAGAUCACAUUAGAGUUUUCUUUCUUUACAGUAACAGUUGAUCUUACUGAAGAUGGUCAUGAGCAUAUGCAGGAGAUUAUAGGGUUGCUCUUUAAAUACAUCAAAUUUUUGAGGGAGUCUGGUAUUUGCAAAAAGGUAUUUGAGGAGUUUUCAACUAUUUGUGAGGUAAACUUUCACCAUCAAGACAAAAUCCGACCUAUUGAUUAUGUUAAGGAAAUCGCGUCAAGAAUGCAGGAAUAUCCUUCCAAAGAUUGGUUGGUUGGCUCAUCGUUGCCUUCAAAUUUCAAUGCUAACCUUGUGCAAAUGAUUCUAAGAGAGUUCUCGCCAGAGAAUGUUCGCAGAAUCUUUUGGGAGUCAAAGAAAUUUGAAGGGGAGACGGAUAAGGUUGAGCCGUGGUAUGGUACUGCUUAUUCUGUUGAGAGGAUCACAACUUCGAUGAUUGAGAAAUGGAUGUCAGCAGCUCCAAUUGAUAAUUUGCAGCUACCAGCAGCUAAUAUGUUCAUAACCAAAAAUUUGUCUCUUAAGGAUGCACGAGAAAAGGUCAAGUUUCCAGUUUUGUUAAGAAAGUCAUCCUAUUCAAAACUGUGGUACAAGCCUGAUACAAUGUUCUCCUUACCUAAGGCAUUUGUUAAAAUAGAAUUCAACUGUCCCCAUGCUAGAAUCUCUCCUGAAGCUGAAGUUCUUGCAGACAUUUUUGUACGAUUGUUGAGGGAUUACUUGAAUGAACACACUUACUACGCUCAAGUUGCUGGCCUUGAUUGUUAUAUGUGGCGCUCAUACAGAGGUUUUCAGGUGACACUUUGUGGUUAUAAUGACAAGGUGAACAUUUUGCUGGAAAUUGUAAUUGAUAAGAUCGCAAAUUUUGAAGUGAAACCUGAUAGGUUCUCUAUAAUCAAGGAAAUGAUAACAAAAGACAUUUACAACUUACAAUUUCAAGAACCCUUUGAGCUGGCUAAGUACUGCACCUCAUUAAUAUUGAACGAUAUGCUAUGGCCUUGGAAGGACAAACUUGAAGUUUUACCCCUUUUGAAAGUAGAAGACCUUGUCAAAUUUAUUCCCAUGAUGUUCUCAAGCACCUUUUUGGAGUGUUUCAUAGCAGGAAACAUGGAACGUGAGGAAGCGACUUCAAUAAUUGAAAUUGCUGAAGACAUAUUCUUUAAGGGUUCAAACCCUAAAUGCCAGCCAUGGUUUCCAUCCUUACAUCUCACGAAUGAAGUUGUUAAACUGGAAAGAGGCAUUAGUUAUAUAUACUCAGAGGAGUGCCUAAACCCAAGUAAUGAGAAUUCCGCCCUACUCCAUUAUAUUCAGGUUCAUCGAGAUGAUUUUGUGUUGAACGUAAAAAUUCUGCUUUUUCAGCAUAUUGCAAAGGAAGCGGCCUAUCAUCAGCUUAGAUCAGUGGAGCAACUUGGGUACAUUAAUAACUUCUAUUUAAGCAAUAAUUUAGGAAUUCUUGGACUGCAAUUUCUCAUUCAGUCGACAACGAAGAGUCCAAGAGAUAUUGAUUUGAGAGUUGAGGCAUUCCUCAAGAUGUUUGAGAAUAAAAUUUAUGAAAUGUCCAACGAUGAAUUUAAGAAUAAUGUGAAUGCAUUGAUUGACAAGAAUAUGGAGAGGCACAAAAACUUACGGGAAGAAUCUAAUUAUUACUGGGGGGAGAUCUUCAGCGACAUCCUCAGGUUUGAUAGGAAAGAAGGAGAGGUUGAAAUAUUAAGACAGCUUACACAACAAGAAUUCAUAGAUUUUUUCGAUGAAUAUAUAAAAGUUGGUUCACCCCAAAAGAAGACGCUAAGUGUGCGAAUCUACGGGAAGAAACAUCUAUCCGAAUACAAAUCAGAGAAAAGUGAACCACUUCAAUUGCAGUCCGUUCGCAUCCAUGACAUCCUGAGUUUUAGAAGAUCACAACCUCAUUACGGUUCAUUUAAAGGAAGCUUUGGCCAUAUGAAGCUGCAAGUAAAUUAAGAAGAAGAGGGGAAGACAUGGAUUUGGAGCCAUCCAACCCUCUUCUCGUCAGUUAGUAACUCAUUGAAGAGAAAUAAUAUUGAAUCUUUGACAAGCUUUAUCUAUUUGGAAGAUUAAUGUUUAAAACGCCACAUUAAAUAGAGCUUUAUCCAGUUUUUGGAUGUAUUCACUCUUAUUUUCUGUGUUGUCCAUUUACGUAUUUUUUUUCCCCUUUUUUAAAAGAUUCUUUUUCAAUAAUAAAAUAGAUGUAAUUAGGCUUGUAAAAAUGAUAGUGUACAAUUCCAUUAAAUUUUAAUUUCCUUAAUUUAAUUUUACGUAAUGUUCUCUCAUCAAUGGGCCAAAUAUAUUGGAUUCGUCUUCACUCAGUAAAUUUACAAAAUUAAAGUGUAUUUGUUUGGCUUUUAAGA